AUGGCAGCGUCCUCUUCGUCGUCCUCUGCGGGAGGUGUUAGCGGCAGCUCGGUGACUGGUUCUGGAUUUAGUGCAUCGGAGCUCAUCCCUCCAAGAAAAGUCCUCUACACGUAUCCUAAGGGCGCAGGUGAAAUGAUGGAAGAUGGCUCUGACAGAUUUUUAUGCGAGUCUGUGUUCAGCUACCAAGUUGCUUCAACUUUGAAACAGGUUAAACAAGAUCAACAGCUCUCCCGAAUGGAGAAACUCGCAAGCCUGGUGGAGGAGCUUGAAGCAGAUGAGUGGCGGUACAAACCAAUAGAACAGCUACUAGGAUUCACACCAUCGUAG